AUGUUAUAUUUAGUAGCAACUGGUGAUUAUAAAGGUCCAUCAGAAAAUCAUUUAUCUUUUACAAAAGGUCAAAGAAUUGAAUUUUUAGAAAGAACUGAAAAUGGUUUUAUUAAAGGUAAACUUGAUGGUAAAGUUGGUAUUUUUCCAUCAUCUUUAAUUACAAUUGAAACUAGACCAUUAUCUAUUAUUCAAAAUCAACCAAUUAAAUAUUCAACAGAAACAAAAGAUGAUACAGGAUCAAUUUCAUCAUCAACAUCAACAUCAACAUCAUCAUUAACAACACCAAGAGCAGAAUCAUCAAAAGAUGCAUCGGGUGAGCAACAACCAUCAACAUCAACAAUUAAUGGACAAUCAUCAUCAACUUCACCAAUUUUACAAUCAAAUGGUACAACCAACACUACAACAUCAUCAACAUCAAAUAAUAAUAUUGGUGAUAAUAUAAGUGAAAAAUCAUUUGGUGAUUAUGAUGAUACAACAAGUAAUCAUAGUAAAUCAGCAAGUAGAUUAUCAGUUGCAAGUUUUUCAACAACAACCACUGCAACAACUACAACAACCACAACUACAACAGCAACAUCAUCAAAAGAUAAAGAUAAAAAAGAUAAAAAAGAAAAAAAAGAAAAAAAAGAUAAAAAGAGUAAAGAUGAUGAUAAGAGUGAAAAAGAAGGUUUAUAUCGUAAAUCUAAAGGAUCAUCAUCGUCGUCAUCAUCAUCAUCAUCAUCAACUAAACGUAGAUAUGCAAAUAGAAAAGCAUGUGAACCAUGGGUAGUAAAGAAAUAUGAAGACAUUCCAGAAGAAGUUAAAUCUGAUAUGUUAAAAGAGGAUAUACCAAUUAAAGAUAUUCAAGACCAUUUUAAAUUAUUUUUAAGAAUUCUUAAAUUUAUAACACGUCAAAAGAUUACAUUAUUGAUACCAAUUGAUCCAACCAUACCAACAAAAGAGAUGAAUUUAUUAGAUUUAUCAGAUGCAGAGAGUGUUGCAAAAUCAACAACAAUGUUCACUCGUGAAGAGAUUAGAACUUCAGCAUUUGAUAAUGUUGAUGCAUUUGUCGAUGCGCCAAUUAUGGAUGAUAAUGAAAAGGCAGCAAAAACCACCGAGAUUAAGCUAGAGAGAAAACGUAUUCUAACUGGUAUUUCCACAGAGUUUUUAGGUCAAGCAUCAACUACAAUUCGUGUCAUUCCAAGUAGUGAUAUAAAGAAACGUAUUAAAUUCACUCAUAUGGUUGGUAGAGGUCAGUAUGGUAAAGUCUACGAUGCACUAUACGAUAAGAAGAGGGUUUGUGUCAAGGUUGUCAAUUAUUCAACACCAAAGGAACAACAUAAUGUAUUGCAAGAGAUUGGUUUCCUAACUCAAUGCGAUCAUCCAAAUAUUUUAAAAUACAAUUGUUCAGUACUCUAUGGUAGUGAUCUUUUCAUCGUUAGUGAAUUCAUUCAAGGUGGUACAUUGGAGCAAGCAUCGGCAUCAUCACAUGUUUUCAAAGAGACUCAGGUUGGUUUCAUUGGUUUGGAGCUUUUGAAAGCGAUUUCAUACCUACAUGAAAAGAAGUUAAUUCAUCGUGAUAUCAAGGCUGCCAAUGUAAUGGUUUCAACUGAUGGUGAGGUCAAGUUAAUCGAUUUCGGUCUUUGCGCUUCCGUUGAAAAAGGUGGUUCACAACAUAUGGUGGGUUCACCCUACUAUAUGUCACCAGAGAUGAUCCGUGGAGAAGAAUGUUCUUACCCUUCCGAUAUUUGGAGUUUUGGUAUUUGUAUAUUAGAGUUGUUAUUUAAGAAACCUCCUCAUCGUGACUCUAGAAUGAAAGCAAUGUUUUAUAAUGCUAUCAAUGGUAUUGAUUUCCCAAAGAUUCGUUGUUCAAUCGAUUUAAAAGAUAUGUUAUGGCAAUGUUUUGAAUCAAAUCCUGAAAAACGUUCUACUGUUGAUAAAUUAAUGAGACAUCCUUUCUUUAAAAGAUGUGAAUCAAAAUCUCAAAUGAAGUCUGUAUUUACUGAUAUGUUUUCAACUUCUUCAAAAAAUUCAAUUUCAACUACUGGUUUCUUUUAA